GAAAUAUUCCCGGAUCGUUUACCAAUCUCGAAUCAGGUUUCACUGAUCGAACUGAUCCUAGAUCAUAGUUUCCGUAGCAACCUAGAGUAGAUUCUUUUGGAAAGCAUUCAAAAAUAUGUCAUGUGCCAUGACAUAUUUUUGUAUGAACGCUUCUUAAGUGAAACGAAAAAUCUUGAAACUCGCAACCAAGCCACAAGAACUCUAUGGCCAAAGACACAAGCAUCCAAAAAAGGGGUUAGGCUGGAGACACAAUGCCAAAUCAGAAAAUAUCUAUAUUUUCAAGUUAUUCCCAAAAAAAGUGUAGACGAAAAGUUUUCAAAACCCAAUCAAGAAAAAUCAGUUUGCCGAGGUGCUUUAUUGGGUCUAUAAUGGAUUUUGAAUGGUUUGGAAGCUAGCUCACUGGGUGAUAAAAGCGAAGAGAAGAUAAAAUGCAGUUUCCGCAACAGAUAAAUAAGGGCUUUAUUCAUGUGCAAUAAUGAAUAAGGAAUUGUGAGAUUAGGGCAAGAUAAAAUAUAUCUCUUGUAUUUUUGAUGGAAUCAUAUCUAU